GAAGGACACGUAUAGGGUGUCGCAGCUGAUAUUUUGCAAUCAUGGUGCUGUUGCAUGUGCUGUUCGAACAUGCAGCAGGAUAUGCGCUCUUCGUUGUUAAGGAGGUGGAAGAGAUUGGCAUGCUUUUGCCUCAGGUUGAAGACUGCGUUCUAAACAUUGGGAAGUUCAAUGGCAUGGUGAGCCUAGCUGCUUUCUUCCCAUUCAAGUCGGCCCAGGCUGCUCUAGAUAAUAUUAAUGCCAUAUCAGAGGGUGUGGUCCAUGCUGACCUGAAGCUGUUCCUGGAGACUAACCUGCCAAUAGGGGGUAAGAAGAAGGCAAUGCUGGGGGUAGGCGAUGCCAAGAUAGGAGGAGCUCUGCAAGAGGAGCUGGGCUUGGCCAUCCAGACUGGAGGAGUGGUGGCCGAGAUACUGAGAGGUGUGCGUCUCCACUUCCACUCCCUGGUGAAGGGGCUGACUGCCCAGGCUGCCUCCAAAGCCCAGCUGGGGCUGGGCCACAGCUACUCCAGGGCCAAGGUGAAGUUCAACGUCAACAGGUCCGACAACAUGAUCAUCCAGUCCAUUGCCCUUCUGGACCAGCUGGACAAGGACAUCAACACCUUCUCCAUGCGUGUGCGUGAGUGGUAUGGCUACCAUUUCCCGGAGCUGAUCAAGAUAGUGACGGACAACUCUACAUACUGCAAGAUGGCCCAGCUGAUUGGCAACCGGAAGGAGCUGAGCGAGGAAAGUCUGGAGAGCAUGGAAGAGGUGGUGAUGGACAGUGCCAAGGCUCAGUCCAUCCUGGAGGCCUCCCGCAGCUCCAUGGGCAUGGACAUCUCUCCCAUUGACUUGAUCAACAUUGAGAGGUUCUCUAACCGCGUGGUCUCACUGGCUGCCUACAGGCUGGAGCUCCAGGAGUACCUCCACUCCAAGAUGGGCCAGGUGGCCCCCAACUUGGCCGCACUCAUAGGAGAUGUGGUGGGAGCACGCCUUAUCUCCCAUGCCGGCAGCUUAACCAACCUGGCCAAGUACCCAGCUUCAACUGUGCAGAUCCUGGGUGCUGAGAAGGCCCUGUUCAGGGCUCUGAAGACUCGUGGCAACACCCCCAAGUAUGGCCUCAUCUUCCACUCAACCUUCAUUGGUCGUGCUGCCGCCAAGAACAAAGGGCGUAUCUCCCGUUACCUGGCCAAUAAGUGCACAAUCGCCUCAAGAAUCGAUGCCUUUUCUGAUGUGCCCACCUGUGUGUUCGGUGACAAAUUGCGUGACCAGGUGGAGGAGCGCCUUUCGUUCUACGAGACGGGAGAGGCGCCUCGCAAGAACCUGGACGUCAUGAAAGAGGCUGUGAUACAGGCCGGAGAGGUGGCAGCUGAGAUUAAGAUCAAAUUGGCAAAAAAAGAGAAGAAACGCAGGAAGCGGGAGAAGAAGCUGGCAGCCCUCUCCACUGGUGACGGCGAAGAGGAAGCGGGUGAUGCCGAGGCGACUGAGAACGGCGAGGUAAAGAAGAAGAAAAAGAAGCCGGCAACUGAGGCCGUUCAAAUGGAGGAAGAGGCUCCGGCAGCAGAGAACGGGGAUACCCCGGCCAAGAAGAAAAAGAAACGAAAGAGUGAGGCAAUGGAGGUGGAGCCAGUGGCUGAGGAGGCUCCAGAAACCCCCCCGACUGAGAAGAAAAAGAAGAGAAAGAAAAAAGACUGAAUAGCAGAUGGGGCAGAGAUUAUUAUUAUUUUUUAAGUUCUGUACAGUUUUGCCAUCUUAUUUUUAGCUUUGGACUCAAGAGGUUGUAAGCCAACUGACUUGUGAAAUCAAGUUUCUCUCCGCUCCCUAGCCUCAAUGUGUACUAGACGGAAGGUGAAUAUUCAGCUCAGUGCAUUGAUGUUAAUGUAAUAAUCAUCACACUUGUAUGUAAAUACUUUCAUGGACAUUUUCUAUCAAAUCUGUUCAAUAUAAAUGUGCUUUCAACCAUUUUUUCCAAGUAAAUAUUAUAAAUGACCCGUCUGUUAUCUCUGAAAUAAUUCCACGAGUAGCUAGAAUACCAUGCUAUUGAGUGCACAAUUAUGGACAUUUGGGAGGUCUUGAUUAGAGGUUGACUUUUUUCCCCAACGCCGAUACCGAUUAUUGGAGGGCCCAAAAAGCCGAUGCUUUUAAAGUGUGUAUGUGUGUGUGUAUAUAUCAAUCAAAUCAGACUUAACUAUAAUAUACUGCUCAAAAAAAUAAAGGGAACACUUAAACACAUCCUAGAUCUGAAUGAAAGAAA